AUGCAAAAAUCAAACAAUUAAAGUAAUAAAUUAAUAAACUAAAUGAAACUUCUUACCUUAGCUUUACUUACUUUACUCGCCAUAGCUACAGUUAAUGCCUAGACAAUUUCUGCUUCUGAUCUUUAAAAGGCUGCUAAAAUUUUGGAAUGUUCAUCUAAGAUUGCAAAUCCUUGCUAACCUACAGACUAACCUUGCUUAGAUGAAAUGUAAAAAGUUGAAAGCUGUUCAGAUUAAUGUUCAGAAAGCAACUAAUCUAUUGAUAGUAUCUAUAAUUGUUAUAAAUAAGAGUGUAAAUCUGACAAUAAAGAUGUAUAAAAAUAUGUUGAUGAAUAAGUAGCUUGUGCUAACUCUGGUAUCAAGAUUUUAGCUAUUACUGCCAUUAUUGGCGCUUUAGCUGUUUUUUUCUGA